UGCGCGUGAAAGUGCUUCUCGGUGCCGCCGCGACGCCAUAUUGUUUGCGGUGUACGUACACGUCGUUUAACGGUUCGCACCUAAUCGUACGAAGUUUAUUCUUUAUUCGUUGAUUGAGUCCCGUCGGGAUUUUUUACGAAAAUUUCGCGAAAAAGCAAUAUGAAAAAAACGAAGGAUGUGUCGGACGAGGACGAAUAUUCGGCGGAUGAUCCGGAAGAAGUAGAAGGAGCAUCCGAGGAAGAGUGGACUCCAGAGGCCGGAGCUGAGAGUGCUACAAAAAAGAGACCACAAAGAGAAGCAGCUAAAAAAAGACAACACUCGGAAGAAGAAGAGGAAGACGAGGAAGAGGAAGAUGAAGAAGAAGACGAGGAGGAAGAAGAUGAAUCAGAUUCAGAUGCAGAAAAAAAACCAAAAAGAAAAAGACGUUCUAAGAAAGAAGAGGAUGAUAAAGAAGAAGACGAAGAAGAGGAUUCUGAUGAUAACAGUUACAACGAAUCAUCAGGAGAAACACCUAAAGAUUACACAUCUGGUGCAUUUGUCGUCGCCAAAGCUGAUAUGGGAAUACAUAAAGAUCCAACAUUAUGGAGGAUAGAUGGUAAAGCAUUACUACAAAAGUUUUUACCUUUCAAAGAAGAUGGAAAAACAUUGUACAAAAGUACCUCCACGUAUUCCGGGUGGUCGAUCAGCAACAAAGACAAAUAUAUAGCAGCGCAGGUAACUUUCAAAGUGCAAAAUAGAACAGAAACGAUUGUGGAACUUCACCUUGAUCAGCAGCAGCAAGAAGUUGUAAAGGAGGAAAAAGAAGAUUAAAUUUAAUUUGAGUUUGCUCUUAUUUGUUUAUAUAUGGUUUAUGGUAUAUAAAGGAUGAAUACCUCUACAUCCCAUAUACAUAUGAGUGAAAAUACAGAAAGCGUCAUAGAUGUCAUCCUCCUAAAUACUACAGUCAAUAUGAAAUGAUGCAUGCCAAUACCCCAAGUCUGUAAUAGCACAUUUUAUAUUGUCUGCAGACUUUGGCAAGGCAGUUAUUAUCACGCUCUAUGUAUAAACAUAACAUAUGCACGAACAUGAAGCAG